GCCGUCAUGUCGGAAGUCACGUGGUUCGGGACAGUGGUAGCCCUUCUGGCUGGAUUCCUGUCCUUGCCUAUCGUCCAGGCCCAGUAUGUACAGCUAUAUGGUGAUGGGCCAGAGCCGUACCAAAGGAGCCUGCAGCGAAGCCUUCCUUCUAUGACUGGAGUAGAACUGGCAAACUUGCUGCAGAGGUUGCUGCGAGACGCCGCGUUGCUACGCAAACGCUCGACCGAGAGCAGUGACGGACAGCCCGGUGCAAUCCCUCCUGGCUUCGUCGGUGCUCGUGGCAGGCGUCACGACGUGAUUCUCGAGCAACCACCGGGAUUCGUGGGUGCUCGGGGCAAACGUGGCUCGUCGGUGCCGCUAUUUCUUGCCAGCCUGGCCGAAGCUGGAGCCGACUCGUCCAGGUCUCAAAUUGACAGGCCACUUGGUUCGCAGUAAACGCCGACUCCAUGAAUGCGAAAAAAAGAACGAAUGAAUGGCACGACGUGCCAUCACCAUGCACUAUUCGUGCAGACAUAAGAAAUAAAAUGGGAAUAUGAAUAAAUACUGGAAAUAAAA